AUGGCAGGAGUAGUGACACAAAGACGUUUUGGCUGGGUGGUGCUGCGAGGAUCUCCAUUUGUGGGAAAGCACGGAGCAACUGCGGCCGCGCCACGACUUGUUCCAGUUCGACGCGGCAACCUCUGCACCAAUCUUACUCAUGUUAGCGGUGGCAGGCAAUUGUCGACGGUGUCGACAGCCGGGGGCAAUGGAGGCAAAGAUGGGGAGGGCUGCGUCGUGGUGGUUACCUCUGGCAAAGGCGGAGUGGGCAAAACCACGACUGCUGCCAGUCUCUCGUACGGCCUCGCUCAGGCGGGGCACCGAACGUGUGUGAUCGAUUUCGAUAUCGGGCUGAGGAACAUGGACUUGCAUCUCGGCUGCGAGCGGAGGGUGAUUUUCGACUUCGUCAACGUCAUACAGGAGCAGUGCACGCUGAACCAGGCCCUGAUACAGGACCGACGAAAUCCCGGGCUCAGCCUGCUGGCGGCGUCUCAGACGAAGGACAAGGAGGCAUUGACGCAGGAAGGGGUUACCCGAGUCAUACGGGAGCUGCAGAAGAGUUUCGACUACGUCGUGUGUGACAGCCCCGCGGGGAUCGAGUCAGGGGCGCGGCACGCCAUGUACUUGGCAGACGAGGCGGUGAUUGUCACCAACCCAGAGGUGUCCUCGUGCAGGGAUAGCGACAAGAUGGUGGGGUUCAUCGCCAGCAAGUCUAGGAGGGCGGAGACGGGGCAGGCGCCGGUGCGGCAGACGUUGCUCGUCACCAGAUACGACCCCGCCCGGGCCGAGAGCAACGAGAUGCUCACACUGGCGGACAUCCAGGAGCUCUUGGGGCUGGAGGUGCUGGGGUUGAUUCCGGAGUCGAAGGCGGUGCUGACGGCGACUAACCUCGGGCAACCAGUGAUAGUGUCAGAAGGAGACGACGCGGCGACGGCCUACAAGGACGCGGUCGAUCGGUUCUUGGGGAAGACGGUGGACCUCAAGUUCGUGCAACCCAAACCCGCCGGUCUGCUCAAGAGGAUGUUCGGUUCCAGCUCGUGAAGAUGCAGUCGGGCAUCUGAAGCAGCUCAAGAGAAUGUGAAGAUGCAAGCGAAGCUCAAUCUGGUGUAGACCCCCGUAGGGAUUGCAUGCUGCAAGGACUGUCCUCUAUUGCCUAAGGGGAGAAAGAGACGCCGUAAGUAACCCCCUCAAAAGGUUCGGAACAUCCUUCUCGUGCACGGCUGGUUCUGGACGUUCUGGAAGGAUACCCGUAUACCUCGGCAAAGAAAGGACAACGUGUUAGGCAAGCGUCAGAGCGCAAGUUGUAGGAGGUACAGGAGACGGGAUGGUAGCAUACGAGGGAGACGCAUUGUGCGAGUUAGGGCCGAGGAGACUGGACGGCAGGGUGGACGGUACCGUUACUUUUACGGGGAUGUUUUGGGUGUUGUUUGAGGUUUGUUUGCUGGGACAAAGGCGAGCGGCGGGGCUGCUAAACCACCGGUCGACGAAGCAGGCAUGGCAGGUGUUGCGGUGUUAAGCAAAUGGCCGUGGUUAGCUGUAGACGUAGGUCUGUAAAGAAGUCAUUGCCGUGGAAGGGGUAGAUUGAAGACCCUGUUACAACAGUAUUAUUAGCAGCGAGCAGUCUUGUGUUUCUUUUAGAAGCAACGAUCGUUUGCUGAAAAGUCAAUUCGUGUCGGCUGCACGAAAGUUUGCUUUUUACCAUGCCCCAACGAAAUGACAAGUUGAAGGAUUGGUCCUGAUGACGUUGUUGUAGUUGUUCGAAGGACCCACAGACCGACCACCAGCGGGAGGCGCCGUAGUCGGAUCCUGGGAAAAUCCAUAGUCCACACGGCAGGCCGGGACG